AUGGUCCUGUCGCACGUGUACCAGCUGAAUCCGCGCUUCGGCGCGCAUUUUGAGGGCGAGGCGGAAUUCGCGCAUUGGGAAUCGCGGUGCGGGGGAGGGGGAGCCUGGAGGGGAAGCGGAGGGGAAAGCGGAGGGGGAAGGGGAGGGGGAAGGGGAGGGGGAGACGUUGGCGGAAGUGGGGAAGGCGAGGUCAAUGGCGCCUCUAACAAAGAGGUGCACAGCAGGCAACACAAUGCAGCAGCAGCAGCAGCAGCCAUGGCGGCAGCAGCAGGCGCCACGGUGACAGGUGGCGGGCUGCGAUUGGUGAAGGGGUCGUCGGCAGCAGUGACUCGCAUUCAUGGACGUAUCUUCCCUGAGGGGCUCUACUAUAUAGCAGUGGGUCUCGGCACCCCUCCGCGCACCUAUUUUCUCGACAUAGACACGGGCAGCCAUGUCUCCUGGGUGGCCUGCGAUGCCCCCUGCGUGAACUGCGCCCAGGGUCCCAACCCAUGGUACGACCCCUCCCAUGCCUCUCUGGUGGACUGCCAUUCCGACCUCUGCCAAGCCGCACAGACAGGCUUCAUCCGAGGCUGCUCCUCAGGCUCGGAAGACACCCAUUCAGGCUCGGAGGGUGCCGAAGCUGCGGAUGCGGGACGGGUCGGAGAGGGGGUUCAUACCAAGCCACGGCAUCUACAAGAGGCGUCCAGAGGGGUUACAAACGGUACCAGCAGCGUUGCAGCAGCUGCUGCUGCUGCUGGUGGUGCUGGGGACAGUAACCAGGGUGACAAUAACGAGGGUGAAAGCAGCAGCAGCGGGCAGUGUGACUAUGACAUAGUGUACGCUGACGGAAGCAGCUCCCAGGGUGUGCUUGUAACGGAUAGGUUACUGUUCCUGCACCCCUCGGGCACACUCAAGGCCGCGCAGUUCACAUUCGGCUGUGCCUACGACCAGGAGGGGGACCUUGCAGUCUCUCCUGCUCGCUCCGAUGGGGUGCUGGGUCUCGGCCCUUCCAACCUCUCGCUCCCUGCCCAGCUGUCCAGAGCAGGGGCGGGGCGCAACGUGUUUGGCCACUGUCUCGAUUCGGCAGCAUCUGGGGGAGGUUACUUCUUCAUUGGGGAGGCGCUUUUACCCAGCACCCUCACUUGGACCCCCCGCGCCGCAACAAGCGACACCCGCUACUACCACGCAUCACUCCUCCGCAUGUCCUAUGGUUCCAAGAAGCUUCCCAUCGACAAUCUCAAGGCGUUCCACGAUAAGACCACGGCGUCUGCAUCUGCUUAUAACGAGGAUGGCGGAGUGGAAAGCGGAGGGGCGAUUUUUGACUCUGGGUCGUCGUUCGCGUACCUGCCGGCUGCGCCAUUUGAGGCUCUGCUACAGAUGGUAGCAGCCGAUGCAGCAGCAGCAGGCCUGCAGGCAGACACCACCGUGACUGUGCUACCCCACUGCUGGCGCGCGGGGAAAGGAGGUGCAGAGAUCAGUUCUGUCGCUGACGUGGCAUCGCGUUUCUCUGUCCUCAUCUUCUCCUUUGGCUCACAUUCCAUCUUCUCCUCGUCGUCUGAUCUCUCCGUCGCUCCUUCCACUUACCUCAUCUCACCGGUGGUGGGUGGGUGGGAGAGGCUCACGUGGCGUCUCACUUCUCUGCCCCUCACCUUCUCCGUUGAUUCACACUCCGUCCUCUCCUCCUCGGCUGAUCUCUCCGUCGCCCCUUCCACGUACCUGCACUCACCGGUGAGUGGUGAAACAAAGGUGGUUGGUAGGGUGGUGGUUCGUGGGUAA